AUUUUCGGGUCGAAAAGAAACCCGCAAAGCUUCUACGAGAUCUACCUCAUCAUUCAUCUCUCCAGAUCUAGGUUUUCUCCCACCUUCAAUCUCCUUCUUCAUUCCCAUAGAAAUCUGAACAAUUCAAUCCACCUAGGGUUUUGAAAUCAUCCAUUCGUUGUCAUUAUUCGAUUCUAUGCACAUUCGCGCAUCGAAUUCAGCGUCUACUCAUCGAACUGUUUCGAUUUUAUGCAUCUGAAAACGAUUAGUUAGUUUUGGGGUUUUGGGAUCAAUUUGUCUCUUUUUGGAUCCUGCAAAUAGAUACACGUUAUAUAUAUACAUACAGUAUACGAUGAAUUUGAAAUCGGCGCAAGCGUCGUCAUAUAGAGAUCGUACACAGGAGUUUUCGAGCAUAGGGGAGAGACUAAGAAAAUCGUUAUCAUCGUCAAAUGCGGUAGCGGGGAUUAAUAGUAGUGGAGGUGCUGGUGGUUCCACCAAGGCUGAGGGAUCGCGAUCAACGGUCGCAUUCCAGUCGGAGUUUAACAAGAGGGCUUCCAAAAUUGGGUAUGGGAUUCACCAAACGUCGCAGAAGCUGGCGAAGCUUGCAAAAUUGGCAAAGAGGACAUCCGUUUUUGAUGAUCCAACUAUGGAGAUCCAAGAGCUGACUGCUCUCAUUAAGCAGGACAUUACUGCCCUUAAUGCAGCUGUGGUGGAUUUGCAGCUUGUUUGCAAUUCCCAAAAUGAAAGUGAAAAUGUUUCAAGUGAUACAACCACCCAUUCAACCACAGUGGUUGACAAUCUGAAGACCCGUUUGAUGAGCACCACAAAGGAGUUCAAGGAAGUUCUUACCAUGCGGACAGAGAACCUGAAGGUUCAUGAAAAUAGAAGGCAGUUAUUUUCUGCAACUACUUCAAAAGAGACCGCUAAUCCAUUUGUCCGUCAGCGUCCCUUAGCUAAUAAAUCAACUGCCACUGCAUCAAACUCUCCUCCUCCGUGGGCUAAUGACUCUUCAAGUUCAUCUCCGUUGUUCCCAAGGAAGCUUGCAGAUACUGAAUCUCAGCCGCUGCUACAACAACAAAAUCAGCAGCAACAACAGAUGGUUCCAUUACAAGACAGUUACAUGCAGAGCAGAGCUGAGGCUCUUCACAAUGUUGAGUCAACUAUUCAUGAGCUUGGCAACAUUUUCACUCAAUUGGCGACCAUGGUUUCUCAGCAAGGGGAGCUCGCAAUUAGGAUUGACGAAAACAUGGAAGAUACUCUGGCAAACGUCGAAGGGGCACAAGGACAACUUAUGAGGUACCUCAACAGUAUAUCGUCCAAUCGGUGGCUAAUGAUCAAGAUAUUCUUCGUAUUGAUUGCAUUCCUCAUGAUUUUCCUCUUUUUUGUUGCUUAAUGCUCUGCUAUCUUGUAUGCGUUUUUCUGUUCGGGAAAAAAAUAUAUGUAAAGAAAAGAACGAUUCUUUUCUUAAAACGUUAUGUUGUUUUCAUGGUGUAAAUACGGAUCCUUUUUUAAGGAAAAAUCGAGCGAGAGACUGAUACCAUCUCCAAGCAGCUUUCCAUUUGGAAACAGUUGUCUACUGGUAUUGUCAUUACAUGUGGUAUUACUAAUUUACAGGUUGCAAGUU